AACGCGAAUAAACAACUAAGUUAGCUUGUCGGCUAGUUAGCAACUUCUGGUAUGCCUUCAUUUCAUAAGAGAUUUGAUUACCUUUAUCAAAACAAUUAAAUUGAAAAGUUUGAAGGUGUGGUUGUUGACAUUUUACGGCUGUAGCAUUUUAUUUCCAUUUCCAUUUUAGGAGUUUUAAUCUACAUAUUAUAACAGCAAGUUCGAUGCUUGGUUAGCAUUAGCUAACUGGCUGUGAUAACCAAACUUUCUGUAUGUGCUGCUCGCUAAAGGUUAGCCAGUGGAGCCGAGCAAAGGAGACGAGUCAGUGUAUAUUUAUUUUGUCGUGUUUGCACUCUUUCUCUUUUUUUUUUUUUUUUAGAAAUGGCGUCGUUAACGGCGACAGAGCCAGCGAUAUGCCCGAGUGCACUACCAGCAGCAGAGUCCAUAGUGCCCGCUUGUAUGUUUGCACCGGACCAGGGAUGUGCCGACGAUCCAUGCAGCGGAGAGUGCUUCGAAGACGGCGAGGGUACAAACGGCGAGUCCGCGGAUCAUUUAGACCUUAGCAGCAAGCUGGUUCUAGUGAGUCCAACAGGGGAACAGUAUGAUUCAUUACUACGGCAUCUGAGGGAGCGGAUAGAUGAAGGCUGUGGAGAGACAAUCUAUGUGGUUGGGAUGGGUUCAGAUGGAGGUGACUACGGUCUGGAUGAGAAGGACAUGGAGGCGUCGGUAGCCACGGUACGGUCGCUGUGUGAGCAGAUUGAGGCUGACCUGAUCUGGCUGAGGGAGAGGACAGACACCGGCGGAAAGAUUCAGGACUACCUCAUCCGCCGACGUGUGGGCGAGCAGGAUUUUCUGGAAGUCAGAGUGGCGGUGGUAGGGAACGUGGAUGCUGGCAAAAGCACUCUGCUUGGGGUUUUGACCCACGGUGAGCUGGACAAUGGCAGAGGCUUCGCUCGGCAGAAGCUCUUCAGACACAAGCAUGAAAUGGAAAGCGGCAGGACCAGCAGUGUGGGCAAUGAUAUCCUGGGGUUUGACCAGGAGGGACAGGUGGUGAACAAGCCAGACAGCCACGGUGGCGGCUUAGACUGGACCAAGAUCUGUGAGAAAUCCUCGAAGGUCAUCACCUUCAUAGACCUGGCUGGUCACGAGAAGUACCUCAAGACCACUGUCUUCGGCAUGACGGGACACCUGCCUGAUUUCUGCAUGCUCAUGGUCGGCAGUAACGCUGGCAUCGUUGGCAUGACCAAAGAGCAUUUGGGUCUGGCACUGGCCUUAAAUGUGCCGGUGUUUGUAGUGGUUACUAAGAUAGACAUGUGUCCAGCCAACAUCCUGCAAGAGACGCUAAAAUUAUUACAGAGGUUAUUAAAGUCACCAGGCUGCAGGAAAAUCCCAGUGUUGGUCCAGAACAAGGAUGAUGUCAUCGUCACAGCCUCCAACUUUAGCUCCGAGAGGAUGUGUCCGAUUUUUCAAAUCUCAAAUGUGACGGGGGAGAACAUGGACCUGCUGAAGAUGUUCCUCAACCUCCUUUCAUCGAGGACCAACUUCAACAACGAUGAGCCUGCUGAGUUCCAGAUAGAUGACACAUACUCCGUACCGGGCGUGGGCACAGUAGUUUCAGGGACUACAUUACGUGGAAUAAUUCGUCUCAACGACACGCUGCUCUUAGGCCCAGACCCGCUGGGCACCUUCAUCCCCAUCGCCGUUAAAUCCAUCCACCGCAAGAGGAUGCCUGUUAGGGAGGUUCGCGGUGGCCAGACGGCGUCCUUUGCCCUCAAAAAGAUCAAACGUUCAUCUAUAAGGAAAGGCAUGGUCAUGGUUUCCCCAAAGUUGAUGCCACAGGCCACCUGGGAGUUUGAGGCUGAGAUUUUGGUGCUCCAUCACCCCACCACGAUAUCCCCGAGAUACCAGGCCAUGGUCCACUGCGGCAGCAUCAGGCAGACAGCCACCAUCCUGACCAUGAACAAAGACUGCCUACGGACAGGGGACAAGGCCACAGUCCACUUCCGCUUCAUUAAGACUCCCGAGUACCUGCACUGUGACCAGAAGCUGGUGUUCAGGGAGGGACGCACCAAAGCUGUGGGCACCAUCACAAAGCUUCUCCAAUCGGUGAACACCCAGGCAGCUAAGGCCCAACAGGCCAAGAUGCAGGCCAGUAAGAAGACUUCUAAAGAUGGCACAGCAGCCAAUGAGGAGGCUGGAUCAGCAGCACGGCCGCCUAGUCCGAACACAGCACAGCUACCACUCAAGUCGGGAGGUGGAGGACGCAGGAGAGGUGGUCAGAGACAUCGAGGGAAAGGCCUGAACGCUGCGACACUCUCUACGGCGGUGCCUGCAGGAGCAGCGGGCACGGCCUAAAAACACAACAGCUCCUUUCUCCUCUGCUCUCCUCAUCUCCGUAAGGGAAGGAAAGUGACUGCAUGGCCCUCUGGUGGUUGCAUACAAAGACUGACCUCCUAAUAUAAAAUGAUAAUUGAACAGUUUUGAAUCAUAAGAGUGAGUUAUUUUCCACAUCAAGUCAAUUUGAAGCUUUAUUGGUAUAAUUACUUGUGGGCUGCUGAAGAUGGUAUUGAGUUUUUAUUUAGUUUGGGUUUUAUUUCAGUUAUCUGCAAUUUCUAGAUUUAAUUACAUUAUAUAACCCUUUCUAUUUUAAUACAAGUUUUGGGGGUGUUCAUCAUGUUUGUAGUUCAUUAGAACUUCUUUUAUUGCAUUAACAGUUUCCCAACCAGCAGAGGCAUCUGUCACUUUCCCUUCCUUCCACAGUAUACUUUUUUUCUGUUGCUCAUCUUCUUGUCCUCAUUCUACAUCCUCUGUUUAGUUCCAACUAACUUUGAUUAAUGCAACUUUUUUAUGGUGGCAUCAGGGUUGGAGCCUCAGUCAUUGGAGGAAGCAGACUGUGUUCAGUAGUUGAAAAACAGUAUUUUUAUCCUUUACUAAGCUCGUCGUCAUUGAUUCUGGCAGUUUGAAAUCACAUUGGGAAUCGAUUGAACUGAAAGGGAAAUGAUGCCAACGCUAUGUGUACUUAUGUUUCUGUGACGAGCAGAGCUGAAAAUGAAAAGAAAAUGCAAUGUCAGUUUACCCCAUCAUUCAGUUGAAUGGUAGCUGAAAUUUUCCUGUUGGAAUCACUUUCUGAAUAUUUGCUUUAGCGGUGGAACAGUGCCGGGAUUUGGUGAAUUUUGCGAGGAAAGUUAUUUUGGCCACUAUAUUGCACUAUUUACCAGCCAUCACCUGUCACGCACAUCUCCUCGUGGAUGAAGAGAAAAACGGUCUCAUCCAUUUAAUCUCACAUCGUGUAAAUUGAAUCCUCCUAUAGAAAGGUCAUUUUAUCUUGGUUUUCCCUUCUUUUUGAGUCAGGGUUGCGGUUUUAACAGAUCCUGUUUGUGCUACCAGGAAAGAGAGAAAAGAUCUGAAAUUCUUCUUUGUUCCCCAAAGUAAUGUCAAGUGUCAAAGUAGCUUCAUGUCAUGCGUUUACCUGACACAAAAGUCUUUGUGAAGUAACCUAAUUAAACUUAAUUCGCGGGAAAAUAUUUCAAGCGAAGCAGGCGUACGCACAACUUUCCUCCAUUUUGAUGCAGUCUGACCACCAAUAAUCCAGAGGCUGAUACUCUCAUGCACAAAAACGAUUCAUCCACUAUUUUUACGACUUUAAUGCAAAAGGCUCAAGUGGUGUUUCACACCUUAAAUGUCAAAAGCCAAGUAAGAACAUAUUUAAUUCACUUACAAUGAUUCUACUGUGACUUGAGUGUUUUCACAUUAUCUUUGUCCUCCAGAAGAAUCACAAUGUGGCAGCAAAACAGAUAUUUCUAAGCUCCAAGUGUUAAAUACAAUUUUUUUUUUUUUUUUAUAUGACCAGAGAUAAAACGUUUUUUGGUAUGUACUGUAUGAAUAAUUUACAGAUACUUUUCUAUGAUUCAGUUUUGUCUCUAGAGAUGUCAGCCAGCCAGAUAAACCACGAGAGAAACUGUCUUGUGUCUGAACACACUAGCUGAUCGUGUAAGUUAAAGGACCAGUGUGUAAGAUUUACUGGCAUCUAACAGUGAGGCUGCAGAGUGAAACCAACUGAAUACCCCUCGCCUCACUCUUCCCUUCCAGCCGUGUAGGAGAAACUUUGGUAGCUGCAAAAGUACUGUAGAAAUAUAGCAGUUCAACAUAGCAGACUGUACAAGAGGACCUGUCGAUAAAAACACAACACUUUAUUUUCAGAUGGUUAUACACUAAUGAAAACAGACCUGUGAUUGUUAUAUUUUCAUUUCAGCCAAUAGAUCUCCGUAAAUCUUACACACCGGACCUUUAACGCAGGUCAUCUCAGAUUGUCUCUAAUAAGCUAACAUAAACCACUGAUCAUAUGAAAUGACUGUUACUGUAGUUUUAUUCCCAGUUUGGAGUUUAUAUUGGUUAGGGAACUGAAUAGCAUUAUUGGUUGUCGCAGUUUGAGUGGUGUUUUUUCAUCUUCAGAAGUCCCCUUUCAUGCAUACAUACCCCGAUUCAAUGCUGGUCAGCUGGUCUGAGAGUCUUUUGGGCCACUGAACUACCCCUUUUAUGAAGAUCACAGAUAUACUGAACUGCCAGAAUAUUUCUCCCUUGUUUACCUUUGACCUUUUCUCUUUUUAAGGACCUUACAAAUUGUUUUUUCGAAGGGACACAUUUUGUGUGUUUGUAUGUACAAAAAUACAAAGUUGUGCAGAACUGAGGUUAAAAAAAAAAAGAUGCCAUUUAAAUUAAGUGCUGCCAGUUUGUGUUGUAAAUCCUUUUAAAUAAAGAUGUUAUAGAAAACGGA